UUUAAUGCGGGAGAACAAAGGACUGAUGGCAUGCCUUCCCGAAAUGAUAGGUGAUGUACCUGCUGGGGUCCUAACCCAGUCAUCAGAAAAUUCUGGCCUUUUGUUUGGGAAUCCAUAUUCUGCACCUACAGAAAUUCCUGCAACAGAUUUGUUCUCCUGCCUUCAGGACUCUUUGAAAAAAUGUCCUAUGUGCAAUGAAGUCUUCUCUAUUGACAUCGGAGAGCAGCAGUUUGAGGAUCAUGUGAGCAGCCAUAUUCUGGAGUGCCCCUUCUGCACAGAGACCUUUGACAGAUCUAACCAGCAAGUGUAUGAUGACCACAUCUACUGCCAUAACUUAAACCAGGGGUCUCCAAACUUUUGAGCAUGAAGGCUGCAUUGUAUAUUUUCCACAUGUGUGAGGGUUGAAGGAACGCGCGCAUAUGUGUAGCCGCCUGCCCACACACCCCUGCAUGGACCCCUGCCUGCACAUGUGCCCGCCUACGCAUGUGCACACACACACACACACGCCCACCCGUAUGCACAGGCUGAAAGUGGCCCACGGGCCGUAGUUUGGA